ACUAAAGUAAACCAUUGUCCAUACAAGCCCUAAAUAUUUUGCCAUGAAGUUAACCUCCCUAUGCUCAGAAUUUUAAUUAUAAAACUGCGACUCCAUUCAUUUCCAUCCAAAUCCACCAUAUUCAUUCUCAUUCCUCUCCUUUCCCUGGCCAUAUCUUUUGUGGAAAUCAUGAUCAAAUGCGCCGCGCCUCCGCUGCUCCGCCUUGUCAUCCUCUUCACCAUUUAUUCAUCCUUCAAUGUGUGCUUAACGGCAGGGGGGACAGAAAGUGGACAGAAGUUAGCCGGAGAGAGCCCAUUCACAGCCAAGGCUUCAUUUAUCCGUUACUGGAAAAAAAAAGUCUCCACUAACCUGCCGAAGCCAUUUUUCCUCGACAAAGCCUCACCGUUGGACGCCGUGCAAUUGGCCACAUUUUCAAAACUCGCCGAUCAAAACUCACUCUCCACGCAACUCCCGACUUUUUGCAAACAAGCAAAUCUCUUCUGCUUUCCCGAUGUGGGAACAAGCCUUGAAAAGCACAGCAAAGAUGUGAAUUUUGCCGAGUACCAACUCCAAAACUUCACAAAUUACGGCACCGACCGUCAAGCCGGAGUUGACUCUUUCAAGAACUACUCCAACGGCGAAAACGUUGAUGCCGUUGACACUUUCCGCCGCUACAGUCACGAUUCAAUCGGUCACGACGAUAAGUUCACCAGUUACGCCCUCGACGCUAAUGUUGUCGACCAAAGGUUUAACACCUACGGCACAGGAACCACCGGCGGAAACGGAAAAUUCAGCAACUACAACAACGAGGCGAAUGUCCCCGGCCUCACAUUCACUUCCUAUUCUGACAGCACCAAUGGCCGCACCCAAGAUUUCACAACAUAUACAGAGCAUGCGAAUGGAGACGUGGAAACUUUUACCAGCUACGGUAAAAAUGGUAACGGAGCAGAAAAUAAAUUUACCAGCUACGCAACUGACAGCAAUGGCCAGGCCUCCAAUUUCAACAACUACGGCGAAACCGGCAAUGGAGAAUCCGACAACUUCACUUCAUACGGGUUUAACGGGAACGUCCCUACGAAUACAUUCAAGAGUUACGCCCGUGGUGGGAAUGGAGAGACCCAAACAUUCAACAGUUAUGGCUUCGACACCACUUUCCCGACCAACAAUUUCCAAAGUUACGGCUCUCGCGGCAAUGGAAUUACUCAGAAUUUUGCCAAUUACCGAGGUCAAUCCAACGGUGGGGACGACAGCUUCCAAUCCUACGCACAGGGUUCCAACUCACAGGUUCUGGGUUUCACAAAUUACGGCAAGAUAUACAGCGGAGGGAGCGAUACAUUCAAGGAAUAUUCCAAGGGUUCCAAUGGGGGUCCGACUGUAGAUUUCAAAACGUAUGGAGUUACUAAUAGAGUUUUCAAAGACUAUGCCAAAACAGGGGUCACUUUCUCCGAUUAUCGAAACGUCACGGGAAGCCCUUUGGCUGCCAUGGCGUCCAGCACCAGCACCACCAAGAAGAAGAUGAACAGCCGGUGGGUGGAGCCGGGUAAAUUCUUCAGGGAAAAGAUGCUGAAAACAGGGACCGUGAUGCCAAUGCCUGACAUCAAGGAUAAGAUGCCUAAAAGAUCGUUCCUGCCCAGAGCAAUUCUCUCAAAGAUACCAUUUUCCAGUGCCAAGAUUGGUGAAUUGAACAAGAUAUUCCAUGCUGCUGAUGAUUCUAGCACGACCAGGAUGAUGACUAAUACAUUGAACGAAUGCGAGAGAGCUCCCAGUCCGGGGGAAACUAAGCGGUGCGUCGGCAGUGCAGAAGACAUGGUUGACUUUGCAACCUCUGUUCUUGGCAAAAACGUUGUCGUCAGGAGUACUAAAAACACUCAAGGAUCAACUAAAGACAUCUUGAUUGGCUCCGUGACGGGGAUCAACGGCGGACAGGUGACGAAAUCAGUGUCUUGUCAUCAGAGUUUGUAUCCUUACUUGCUGUAUUACUGCCACUCUGUUCCGAAAGUUCGGGUAUACGAAGCGGAUAUACUUGACCCGAAAUCCAAGUCCAAUAUUAAUCAUGGAGUUGCCAUAUGUCACAUCGACACAUCAAGUUGGAGUCAAACUCAUGGAGCCUUCUUAGCUCUCGGCUCGGGUCCGGGUAAGAUUGAGGUUUGCCACUGGAUCUUCCAGAAUGACAUGACUUGGACAUUUGCUGAUUGA